CUGGCAUUACCGCAUGUCAUUCUUUUUGGUCUAUUAGCAUUACACUAGGCCCUCUGCAUCAGGCAUAAUUUCAAUUACUGCGACAGCGUACGCCGGGUGGCAGAACCGAACCCAAAGCACAAACCAUGCUGGUUCUUCCUCGCCUGCCACCCAUGCAUUUGUUUCCGUUUCACUACAUUUUUCUGCAGAAUAAAGCUCUUCUUCCAAUUGGGUUAUUUGUUCUCUGGAUCUCAUCCGAAAUUCUGGUUGACCAUAACAAGUCGGAAACUCCUGUCGACAUCGAUAUUCAUCUCGCUUUCACCGAAGCUAUUAAACUAUUUAUUGCAUUUGGUCUAUACUUCUGGAAACAAAGAUACUUCCGUUACGAUUCGCUCAAUCCUUGCCGACAUGACAACGAAGAUCAGCCUUUGGACAAUAUCGAUAUCCCACUUGAGUGCAGUUACGAGCCUUUUACUCCCAGGAAUGUCAGACUCAACGAGCUGCCACAAAGGCUCUGUCCUCGGUCGAGCCCGAGUCUUGGUGGCGCGCGCUCGAGUUUGUCCAUCCUUGGCAUUUCCACGUUGUACGCGAUUCGGGCCUAUGUGAUAUCUAGAAGCAGAGAACACAUCGAUCCACUUGCGCCAUACCUUGUAAUCCCCGCGGCGAAUCUCUGUUCGCUAUUUGUGCUGCGCGCAUUCUUUUGCAGAACGUAUGCUCCACAACUGUGGUAUGCUGCUCUUUUACAGUUUUCAGGGGUUUUCAUCGUUUGGAGCGGUCUCAUUGACCGCUCAAGUGACUUGCCAUACCUCUCGUUACUUGCCUCUGCGCUCAGCAUCUCGUUUUCUGACACCUUGGUUGAUAUUGUUUACAAAUCACACCAUCCAUCAUUUUUCGAUGCUAUCAACUUGCUUAUUUUCGCUGCCGGCUUUUUUGCCCAUUUAUUAUUCUAUAUUUUCCGCAUCGCCUUCCUUGGAACUAGAAGCCAUGGUUUUGGAUCGCACGCGGAUCCGAUCGCACUGGCUCUGUCAUGUCUAUCGGAGGCCGGUCGAGACAUAUUCGUGUUCUAUGCCAUAUACUAUUACGACAUCGUUCUAGAAAGCAUCGUGACCGCGCUUGCCUCGACCGUUGUCUUUUUCUCGCUGACUGCAGGUUUCCUCAACGAGCCAGGUGUAUUCAUAGGAUGUCUUCUCACAUUGACAGCAGCGGGCAUAUAUGUCUCCAGCAUAAGACAAACCACGGAGGAAGAUGUUGAAUCUGAAUGCGUGACUCGGCCUUGCUAUCCGGUUGUAUUUGCAGCGGUAUUGGUCGGAUAUAUGCUUUAUGUAUCAUUCACAAUGACACAUGAGAAUGAAUGGACAACACGCACCCCUGAGCCGCAGUGGGGUUUCACCUCGGAGUUGGAGUCCAAGCCAGGCGAUUGUCACCGCCGGCCUUUACCGUUUCAUUCGCAUAGGAAGACACUGGAAAAUUACGACCGCUUCAAUAACAUCCUGCUAAUAGUCUUCUUCAGCCACGCUCGUUAUGGCGCCAACCUAGAUUACCACCGAGAAGUAUAUUCUGAUUAUUUUCCAAAUAUUCUCUACAUCGGACCUGCUUCCCGCGAAGAUUCCGGCUUUGAUCACUCGUAUGAUGUCUUUGUGGACUCGUACCAUUCGGAUGAGGAUCUGACUGAUCCAUCAUAUUAUAAGAUGGCAGGACGCAUGGCUCAUCAUAUGCUGUAUACCGCUCUUCAGGAGCAGGACUGUUAUGAUGGGUACUUAUGGGUGCCGUUUGACACUCUGCUGAAUAUUCCACGAUUGGAGAAGUUUGACCGGGAACUCUUUUGGUAUCAUUCACCAUGGGGCCUGCCGGUAUUUAACCCUGCACAGGAUAAUAGUCUCGGCCUCGGCCUGCAUGCUCCCCCUGCCAAUGUAUCGCCGGAUCCGUCUAUCAAUCUCACGGAAACAUGGAGGGGAUGGGGAUCUGACUGGUGGUGGGGCGAUCCACACGUGGGAGUCGGAGUCUGCAUGGAAGCUUUCUGGAAAGUGCCCAUGCACUUGAGAGAACGCCUCGCUGCAUUUACCAAUGGUGAAACGCGCCUUAUCGGAGGCUCCGCAGAUACGAUGUACAUCCCAGGGCGGCACCGCAGGAUAUUUAUGGAAGUAUUGAGCCUGUUCCUUGAAACAACUUGCUUCCUUGAGAUUGCUGUACCUACAACACUGCACUUGGUCGCGCCUCGCCAUGAGCCGAUUCUCUUUGUGGACCAUUGGUGGAUAUAUCAGCCGCCGUUCAAUGCGUCUUUUGUGAGGCAACAGUGGGAAGAGGGAUACGAGGUGGAUACGUUUCAUACUUUCCAUUGGGGUGAGCGCGAUGCAGAUAAUGUGUGGAGGGCCAACUACGAAAACGUUGUGGAUAUUCGACGUCUGUUGAGGGAGUCGGCGGAGAGACAGCAAGUUAUUUUCCCUGUUAGAAAUGAGACGCAGGCCAAAUGAAAGGGGCGGCGUGCUUUUCUCUUUUCCACCAGUCUGACGGACCAUAACAGAAGGGAUGGAAUCCCUCUAUACUUCUUUGGGCGGGACGAUGUUAUCAACUUUAUAUUACAUACUUCGGAUCUUCGUCCAAGGAAUGUCGAAACUCCUUCC